AUUUACUAACAUUUCUUUUUAGUAAAAGAACUUUCCUACUGUAUUUUAUUCACUUUAUUCGUUACUCAUGUAUUACUACGCCGAUGCUGUCAUGGAAACAGUUUACACGGAACUACUUUCGGAAGUUCACUUGUCAAUUUGAUCUGUCGGAUUUACCGGCAAGUUUAAAGAUACAUCUGCCAUAUAUUGUUUGUAGCAUUUAAUUUACUUUGCUCUUCUAAUUGCAUAGAUUUGAAAUAUUUUAUUAUAUCGACUACCUUGAUACAAUAGAAUAAGUGAUAAUUCUCUUAUUUGCUUCUUCUAAAUUAUCGAUUGGCCUUCGUCGGACUGACCGCAAGAGGGAAUAAUCUGUUGCUCAUUGUGUUUGAGGAUAUUUCGAUUUCUAAAUGUUUAAUCGAGAUAGAGAACAAAGUAGAGGCCGAAGAGUAGUCAGUGGUCGCGGUGGUAAUAGAGGAGGUGGUGAUAAUAUCCGUGGAAGUAACAUGAACAGAUUCGGUGGACGUGGUAGAGGAAUUAGUAGUAGUAUUCGUGGUGGUAUAAAAGGCAAACAGCCUGGUGGAACACUGAGGAAAAUUAACUGGGAUGUAAGAUCUUUGGAACCUUUACGCAAAGAUUUUUAUGUGGAACAUCCUGCAGUUAGAAAUAGAUCGAAAGAAGAAGUAUAUAAAUUUCGUGAAAAUGCUGAAAUAACUGUAAAAGGUGAUGAUGUUCCUAAUCCGAUUCAAUAUUUUGAAGAAGGGAACUUCCCUCCUUAUGUAUUAGAAGUGAUACAUAAACAGGGUUACUCUCAGCCUACAGCGAUUCAAGCACAGGGAUGGCCUAUUGCACUCAGUGGCAAAGAUUUAGUUGCUAUUGCCCAAACUGGUUCUGGAAAAACGCUUGGAUAUGUAUUGCCAGCAAUUGUGCACAUUAUACAUCAGCCACGACUUGGUAAUGGCGAUGGUCCAAUUGCCUUGAUCUUAGCUCCGACAAGAGAAUUAGCACAACAAAUUCAGGAAGUAGCUAAUUCUUUUGGAGAGUCAGCAGGUGUAAGAAAUACUUGUAUUUUUGGUGGUGCACCUAAAGGACCACAAGCACAUGAUUUAGAGCGGGGUGUUGAAAUAUGUAUCGCUACACCAGGUAGACUUAUUGAUUUUUUGGAAAGAGGAACAACAAAUUUACGCAGAUGUACAUACUUAGUAUUGGACGAAGCCGACAGAAUGUUGGAUAUGGGUUUUGAACCACAAAUUAAAAAAAUAAUUGAACAAAUACGACCUGAUAGACAGGUUUUAAUGUGGUCAGCCACAUGGCCAAAAGAGGUUCGAGCUUUAGCAGAGGACUUUUUGACUGAUUAUACGCAUCUUAAUAUUGGUUCUUUGACAUUAUCAGCCAAUCACAAUAUCAUUCAAAUAGUUGAUGUUUGUCAAGAGUUCGAGAAAGACUUAAAAUUAUAUAGACUGCUUCAAGAAAUUGGAAAUGAAAAAGAAAAUAAGACAAUCAUUUUUGUUGAAACAAAACGAAAAGUAGAUGAUAUUACUAGAAAUAUAAGACGUGAUGGAUGGCAAGCAUUAAGUAUUCAUGGUGAUAAAAAUCAACAAGAAAGAGAUCAUGUGUUACAAGAAUUUAAAAGUGGAAGAGCUCCUAUUCUAGUUGCAACAGAUGUGGCUGCUAGAGGUUUAGAUGUGGAUGAUGUUAAAUAUGUAAUAAAUUUUGACUAUCCAUCAUCAUCAGAAGAUUACAUACACAGGAUUGGCCGCACUGGUCGAAGAAGGCAAACUGGAACCGCUUAUGCAUUUUUUACAAGUCAUAACAUGAAACAUGCUGGGGAUUUAAUAGAAGUAUUAAAGGAGGCAGGACAAAAUAUAAAUCCACGACUCACUGAAAUGGCCGAGUUGGCAAAAUCUGGAAAUUAUGGAAGUAGAAGUGGUAAACGAUUUAUGGGCAGCGAUAGAAAUAAUGGUAGAAGAGGGAAUAUUGAUAAUAGAGGAAGAGGAGGUCCUUCAAGAGGAAGAGGUGGUAGUAGUGGUCGUGGUGGAAGUUCUUAUCCAUCUGUUUCAAAUAGUUAUUCUUCAGAUUAUGGUAGCUAUAAUAAUAUAAAGCAAAAUAAUUCAGUUAUUCAGAGCUCAGGAUAUGGUUACAGUACGCAAAGGUCCUAUGGACAAAAUAAUUUAGCGCAAAGUUAUGGAGGAGGAGAUAAUUAUGCGAGUACUUAUCAGUACAGAGGCGUAACAUAUUAAAAUGGUAUUCAUAGUACUGAACAAGUGAUUUUUCAUUAAACAGUGUUAAUACUAUCAUAUUUGAUUAAAUUUUUUUAGAAGGGAGAUAUAUUAAAUUAAUUAAAACUGCACAAAGAAUUAGAUACCAAAGACAAAAUGUUGCAUAUUUAAUGUGUGAGAUAAAAGUAUACCAGUCGAUAAUAAUAAUCAAAACAAGAUUGGUUAGUAUUAUUGUAUAUGUAUUAAUUAAAAGAAACUGCAAUUACAAUUGCAAAAUAGAAUUGAACAAAUAGAAAAUGCUAAAACAUAUUUAAAAUUAAUCAACUAAGAACAUUUAUGUAGCAUAAUUUAUUAUUGCUUUAAUAUUUUUAUUACAAAAUGGAGUAUUAUUUUAGUUUAUAUAUGUUGCACAAGAUAGCGAUUGCUGUGUUAAACAAAAAGUGUUGUUUAGUUCCUAAAAAAUGAAAGCAUCAACUAUAAUAUAUAUAUAUAAAUAUUAUUGAUGUUCCAUUUAUUAAAAGUAUAUAAUACAGUUAAUAUUUAUUAUCACUAAUUUUAAUGAAUGAAAUGGUUGUAAUUUAAUUUAUGUUCAAAUUUUUUAGUACAUAAAUGUUCUACAGACUAAGAAAUAAAUUUUAUAAGCAAUAGAAAUGAUAUUAAGAUAUGUAAUUAAAUGUAUUUGUUAAAUUUUUGUGUUAUAUCAAUUACAUGAAUAAAAUUGUUUUCUUUUUCAGAA